AUGAAGUUUUGUAUUUACAUUUUGAUACUUUUUCUACUUUGGCAAACUUGUUUUUCAGAACGAUAUGGAUCUUCUUCAGAUUUCUGUAUUGAUGGUACAAUUGCUGAAAAGUCAAAAGAUGGCGUCAUUAAAUGGUGUGAAGACACAAAUGAUUGUAGUGGAGGUUGGAAGUGUGUUCCAUCAGGCCAAUAUCAUUUCUCAAAACAAGUGAAUUACUGCUGCCAAAUGAGGGAGUCCAUAUGCUCAAUGCCUCCAAACCCAGGAUAUGGUGAUUGUUUUGAAGAGCCAAGGACCAUGUUUUAUUUUGAUUCACUGGAUUUGAAGUGCAAAAAGUUCAAAGUCAUUAAUUGUUUUGGUAAAAACCAGAACCAAUUUGAAACAUAUGAGCUUUGCACUCGAUUUUGCCAAUCUACCGCUUGCCUCGCAGGUCAAUCUCUUUUACUUGCAAGAGACAGUUCACCGGUAAAUUGCAAAGAUAUGGAAUGUCCUACUGGAUAUCGUUGCGUCUAUGACAAACUUUUCAAUCGUCAUGUCUGCUGUGGUCAUUCUCCCACGGGUGUUUGCCCAAUUGGAACUGUCUCAUUCUCACACGUCCGAUCAAAUCAACCAAUGAGAUGUAAUCCGUCCGCUUACAGUGAUGUAUGUCCAGCGGAUUACGUUUGUACAACUCAAGGAUUACACAGUUUCUGUUGCUCUCCGCACGAUGCAAUAUGCCCAGCAGGCCAACAGCCAUACGUGCAUAUAGUUUCAAAAAAUAGUAUGAAAUGCAAUCCAUUGGAAACGUCAUCAUGCCCAAAGACCUACUAUUGCUCACCCGCGGUUCCCGGUGCGCAUUGGGGAUUCUGUUGUAGUGUCCAUAUUGAAGCAUCAUGCCCUGUAGAAACAGAACCCUACCUCGAUUUUUUAAGUAAAAUACCAGUAAGGUGUACAGUUGGUGUGACACAAUGCAAUAUUGGUUAUUCAUGUCAAAGUUCUCAAUCAGGAUCUCUAAUUGGAUUUUGUUGUACAAUUCCAAAAAUCAAUUACCGUCCUCCAUCUCGAUCUACCGUAAGCCCGGAGGAUUCCCCUAUUUCCGGUGAUCAUCACUUUCUCAUCCACAAUGAAGGAAUAAUUGGCCCAUCAAUAAAGACUCGUACGUCACACGAUGUGUUUUACUCGUUGCAACCUUUGUCAAAGUUUCCAAGUGCAGGUCAUCAAAAACCUAGCAAGACAUUUCAAAAAGUGACAAAGUCAACUUCCACAUAUGGUGUUGUCUCAAAUUACAAACCAGCGUUGUGCCCACCAAGAGCAACGUCGGUAUUCUAUGCGAACACUCAAAUUAAUGUUGAAUGCACUCCGGCGGAGGGAUAUAGUUUUGAAUGUCCGGAUGGAGCGACUUGUGUCGGAGCUUAUAUGGAUCUUGCUGGAAGAAAAGUAUGUUGCGAAAUGCCGAAAACCACACCGAUGCCAACGUUUGUAUACUUUGUCACUUCAAUACCAAGAAUGGUUCGAUAUAAAACAACAGAUCAUUUCUGCCCAUAUGCCAUUCGUCACUUACAAUGCCAUCCAUCCGGCUCAACUUGUCCAAUGGGAUAUUUUUGUCAAUAUUUGUUUGAAAUUUCUUCAUUUUCUUGCUGCUCGUUGUACUAAAUUAUUGGACGAGGUGGUCCCAUUCCCACUAAGUAAUCCCGCUUCUACUGCUUUCUCUAAUUGUUUCCAGUUCACUGAUUUGACAAUGUUUUUGAGUCAGAGUGUAUGGGUUUGCAAAAUUCGGGAGUAGUUUGGAGUAAGGAAAAGAGGAUUAUCUCAAUUCUAUGCUUCGUGCUCACGCCUUACAUCCUCUUGAAACUGCUCUUCGGACAUUUUGAAGAUUUAACUGUUUUUUGUUAAGUUUGAUCUCAUUAACGGAAAUUAUUUGUUUUUCCUUCUUUUAUAAGUAACACACUUUUUUGAUAAGAUUUUUGUAAAGAAGUGAAAUACUAUAAAUACAAAACUUCAAAUACCUAUAUUCAAUACGUUACAUCAUAAACCUAAAGCACUCUGUCUCAGAAAUGUUACAGAUUGAUGCAUUCAUUAUGAAAGUACAGUUGGCAAAAUUUGACUGUUUUAAUUUUGAUACAAUAACCAUAUUCAAACCGGGUAUCCUUGUCAGUCUCUACGAUUACUUCAAAUCUCAGUGUGAAUUUUUUCAAUUAAAAUCACAUAUUGUUCAAUAUCGUAAAUGAUUUUUGGUAAUAAAGUAGU